CAGAGGGCCCCUCCUCUCCCUAAGACGUGAUGGUUAAAUCAGUCGGUAACGUUUGUAGUAACUAGACCGUGAGCUCCUUGAAGGCAGAGUUCUUGUCGCGUGCCCUCCCAAGCGCUUAGUAUGGAAUUCGGUACUCAACGCCCCAGGCACAACUUUCCGACUUGGGCCCGUCUCAAACCUCCCGUCAACUGUUCGAAAAUCUCCACCGCCGGAGUGGUCACACGAUGUUCUCGAACAACGACGAAGCCGUGAUCAAUAAAAAGCUUCCCAAAGAGCUGCUGCUGAGAAUAUUCUCUUUCCUGGAUGUAGUCACCCUGUGCCGCUGUGCUCAGGUCUCCAGGGCUUGGAAUGUUCUGGCCCUGGAUGGCAGUAACUGGCAGCGUAUUGACCUGUUUGAUUUCCAGAGGGACAUCGAGGGGAGAGUGGUGGAGAACAUUUCUAAGAGAUGUGGGGGCUUCUUACGGAAGUUAAGUCUUCGCGGAUGUCUUGGAGUUGGAGACAAUGCAUUAAGGACCUUUGCACAAAACUGUAGAAACAUUGAAGUUCUGAACCUGAACGGGUGUACAAAGACGACGGACGCGACAUGUACUAGCCUCAGCAAGUUCUGCUCCAAACUCCGGCACCUCGACUUGGCUUCCUGCACGUCGAUCACCAACAUGUCCCUUAAGGCCCUGAGCGAGGGAUGCCCGCUGCUGGAGCAGCUAAACAUUUCCUGGUGUGACCAAGUGACCAAGGAUGGCAUUCAGGCGCUGGUGAGAGGCUGCGGGGGACUGAAAGCCUUAUUCCUUAAAGGCUGCACCCAGCUCGAAGACGAAGCUCUCCGGUUCAUCGGCGCUCACUGUCCCGAGCUGGUGACUUUGAACCUGCAGACCUGCUUACAAAUCACAGACGACGGUCUCAUCACGAUAUGCAGGGGCUGCCACAAGCUGCAGUCCUUGUGUGCCUCGGGCUGCUCCAAUAUUACGGACGCCAUCUUGAACGCCCUAGGGCAGAACUGUCCCCGCCUCAGAAUAUUGGAAGUCGCGAGGUGUUCUCAGCUGACAGACGUGGGCUUCACCACUCUGGCCAGGAACUGCCACGAGCUCGAGAAGAUGGACCUGGAAGAGUGUGUUCAGAUAACGGACAGCACGUUAAUCCAGCUCUCUAUCCACUGUCCACGACUCCAAGUGUUGAGUCUGUCACACUGUGAGCUGAUCACGGACGACGGGAUCCGUCACCUGGGCAACGGGGCCUGCGCCCACGACCAGCUGGAGGUGAUCGAGCUGGACAACUGCCCGCUGAUCACGGACGCCUCCCUGGAGCACCUGAAGAGCUGCCACAGCCUCGAGCGGAUAGAGCUGUAUGACUGUCAGCAGAUCACCCGGGCCGGGAUCAAGAGACUCAGGACCCAUUUACCCAAUAUUAAAGUCCACGCUUACUUCGCGCCGGUCACCCCGCCGCCUUCGGUAGGAGGCAGCAGACAGCGCUUCUGCAGAUGCUGUAUCAUCCUAUGACCCCGGAGGGCGUCGACCGUGGCGGAACUGACUAUUUAAGGACA